GGGGCUUCCUGUCGGAUGCAGGCUGGUAUGGAGACGCAGAGAAGGUCUUUCUCUCCUGCUUGCAGCUCUGUGCUCUACACAGUGAGGUGCUGCACUGCUACAGGGCUGUGGAAUGUUGUGUCAGGAUCCUUCAUGUACGCAAUGGUAACUGUAAGUACCACCUGGGAGAAGACACCUUCAAGCUGGCUCAGUCUCACAUGGACAAGUUAGCCAAACAUGGCCACCAGGCCAACAAGGCAGCGCUGUAUGGAGAACUAUGUGCCUUGCUCUUUGCCAAAAGUCACUAUGAUGAGGCAUACCGAUGGUGUAUCGAGGCCAUGAAGGAGAUCACUCCAGGGCUGCCAGUCAAAGUGGUGGUAGAUGUCCUUCGCCAGGCCUCCAAGGCCUGUGUGGUGAAGAGAGAGUUCAGGAAAGCAGAACAGCUGAUUAAGCAUGCGGUGUUUCUAGCAAGAGAACACUUUGGCCACAAGCAUCCCAAAUACUCUGACACACUGCUUGAUUAUGGAUUUUACUUAUUAAAUGUAGAUAAUAUAUGCCAGUCAGUUGCUAUUUACCAGACAGCGUUGGACAUCAGGCAGUCAGUGUUUGGAGGAAAGAACAUCCACGUUGCCACGGCCCAUGAAGAUCUGGCCUACUCCUCCUACGUUCACCAGUACAGUUCUGGGAAGUUCAUUGAUGCUCUGUUCCAUGCAGAACGUGCCAUCGACAUCAUCACUCACAUUCUGCCUGAAGACCACCUGCUGCUGGCUUCCUCCAAGAGGGUCAAAGCUCUCAUCCUGGAAGAAAUUGCCAUCGACUGCCACAACAAAGAGAGAGAAGAGCGCCUCCUGCAGGAAGCACACGACCUGCACCUGUCCUCUUUGCAGCUGGCCAAGAAGGCCUUUGGAGAGUUCAACGUGCAGACAGCCAAGCACUAUGGCAACCUGGGACGCCUCUACCAGUCCAUGAGGAAGUUCAAGGAAGCAGAAGAGAUGCACAUUAAAGCGAUCCAGAUCAAGGAGCAGCUGCUGGGCCAUGAAGACUAUGAGGUGGCACUAUCUGUUGGUCACUUGGCCUCGCUCUACAACUACGACAUGAACCAGUAUGAAGAUGCAGAGAGACUCUACCUGCGCUCCAUCGCUAUCGGAAAGAAGCUGUUUGGAGAAGGAUACAGUGGUCUGGAGUACGACUACCGAGGUCUGAUCAAGCUCUACAACUCUGUGGGGAACUACGAGAAGGUCUUUGAGUAUCACAAUAUUUUAUCCAACUGGAAUCGACUGAGGGAUCGACAGUUUGCGGUGGCCGACGCCCUGGAGGACGUCAACACCACGCCCCUUCAGACCCAGGAAGUGGUUCGAGCCUUCCUAUUGGCUCAAAGCUUAGGCCACCAAACUCCGAUCCAUCCCAGCCUGGGCUGACGCGGCACGCCAGGAAGGAGCCCGGCACGUGGAGCAGGUAGACGAGGUGCGGUCACCUGGGAGUACUGAGAGGAAGUAAGUGUAAGUACCUUCUCAGGUGAUGUCCACACCACACUGAUCUUCUCAAAAGUCAUUCCAAGUGAUGAUUGUGCAUAGCUGAUGUUGUUGUUGUUGUUGUUCACCUUGAAUGUUCUCAAGUGCACACUCUUACCAACACCUGUGCCUUUUGAAAAUAUCCAAGUCAACGUGCGGACAUGAGACUUAUUAGCCACGCCCCUUUUGUCUCAGCUUGGACACCUUGAUCAUGAGUCACAUUUUGCUGACAUGACAUUUCAGUCACACAUGGACGUCUUUUCAUGGCAGACACAUCUAGAAAAUAAAACGUAUACAUGUUGCAACUCUUUUCUUCUUUUCUACACGACAAACAUGUCUUUCAAAUGCUAGCAUGCUAACGUUAGCAUGCUAGCCAAAUGUGACUGAGGUGUACACCUACAAAACUAGCACGCUAACAGGCAUCAUUGGUCAAGUAACAACAUAUUUAACACUGCCGGCAAAAUUAGCGUCCUAAUGUUAGCGUGCUAAAAUGCUAACUGCAACAUGUGUGAAGUAUUCAAAUACAUUACUCUGAGGUGUGUACCUGAAAUGUGUCUCAAAUGCUAAUCAAUCAAUCAAACUUUACUUAUGA